CCCGUGCACCUAUGUCCUCGCACAGCCUACAGAUUGUGUGUAUGUGUGUGUGAGGAAGGACCAGUAAACAGAGCAGUGCUGCUACAGAUAAACUCCACAUAGCCUUGUGAUUGUGAGGAGCAUUUUUUUGGGGGGAUCUGAAUUUAAAUCUUCAUAGCCUGGAUUGGAUUAUUAUCUCUUUUUUUUUUUUUCCUUGUUGCGAAUCAUUAUUUAUGAGGAUACCUGUUACUUUCCAUAUUUUUGUUUGGUUAUAGAGAGUCCCCGUCCCAAGUGUGAGGAGGCCACAGCAUGACGCACGCUGCAGAUGCAUGAGAGCGACUGGGCUCUGGAGGGAUAAGCAACUUGCCCUUUUUUCACUCCUUAGAGGGGGAGAACAUUGGUUAUCUGCUUUAGGAAAAGGGACCAGAGCCCUGGAUUAAUGUAUAUACAGGCUCAACAAGGGAGCAGAGGAUUCUGGGUUACCUGAAGACUCGGAGUACACAAGUGAACAGGCCUGGAUUGAGCCUGUGGCAGAGGGGAUUGGCAUGGCUCAGACCAGCUUUGUGUCAACUCAUCAUGCCUGCCGGGUUUGAUUGCAGAAAGGAGCCUCUGCUAAAUCUCACCCCGGCCAACUCACGGAUCAUUAUACAACACCCAAAAAAUCUCAUUUGCUGUUAUGGCUGUUGAGGUUGAAAACUGCAUCAGCCAUUAGGAUUUUUAAUAUUACCUGAGAGUGCAUGCUUUGUCAAUGAGAGGGGAUGUUUUUUGUCCAGGCUUAUCUGCCAUGGUAAAGGCAUUGAAAGCAUGAGCCUCUGACAACACAGAGGAGGUCAUCGUCCAAACAAGGAUCGGCUCAGCAAACACUGACCAGGUCAGGAUAUCACACGAAUCCCCCUGGACAAACUUUCCCUUUCAGAGAGGAUAAGGACGAAUUCAAGAAGAAACCUUGAUUGGAUAUUAGGUGCCUGGAAAAGGAUUUACCACAUCGUAUAAAUCAGGGGCUCUCGAGGGAUAAGACUGCCAGGCAACACACCUUUCAAGAUGGUGCGCCAAUGCAAGACCUUCAUCCUCUUCCUCAUCAGGAUCGGGCUGCUGCUGGGUCUUGCUAACCCCCUGGUGACCUCCGCUUCAUGCCCCUCAGCCUGCCGCUGCGAUGGGACAUUCAUCUAUUGUAACGACCGUGGCCUGACUUCCAUCCCCACUGGCAUGCCCCUGGAUGCCACGGUGCUCUUUCUGCAAAACAAUCGCAUUAAGAGUUCGGGCAUUCCCACAGAGCUGCGGAGGCUCACACAUGUGGAGAAGAUCUACCUGUACUGCAACAACCUGGAUGAGUUCCCAACUAACCUUCCUCUUGGGCUAAAAGAGCUCCACCUUCAGGAGAACAACGUUCGGAUGAUUACCCAUUCCUCUUUAGCCCAAAUUCCCUACAUCGAGGAACUGCACCUGGAUGAUAACUCUGUAUCAGCAGUCAGUAUCGAGGAGGGGGCCUUCAGGGACAGUAAUCACCUCAGACUCCUUUUUCUCUCCAGAAACCACCUAAGUACAAUUCCUUCAGGCCUGCCCAUGAGCAUUGAGGAGCUCCGCUUUGAUGACAACCGCAUCUCCUCUAUCUCAGAGCAAUCGCUGCAAGAUCUCAUUAACCUGAAGCGGCUAAUCCUGGAUGGUAACCUGCUGAACAACCGUGGGAUUGGGGAGAUGGCUUUCAUCAACCUAAUCAAUCUGACUGAGCUCUCACUAGUGAGGAACUCCCUGACAUCACCACCAGCCAACUUGCCGGGUACCAGUUUGGAAAAGCUGCAGCUACAAGAUAAUCACAUUAAUCGGGUGCCACCUGGGGCUUUUGCUUUCCUUAGGCAGCUGUAUCGUCUGGACCUAUCUGGUAACAACCUGAGCAGCCUUCCACAAGGUGUGUUUGAAGAUCUGGACAAUCUCACUCAGCUCCUGCUACGCAACAACCCCUGGCAAUGUACCUGCAGGAUGAAAUGGGUGCGUGACUGGUUGCGGUCGCUGCCAUCCAAGGUAAAUGUCCGUGGCUUCAUGUGCCAGGGUCCUGACAAGGUCAAAGGAAUGGCUAUAAAGGACCUAACUACGGAUAUGUUUGACUGCACAGAUUCGGAGCUCAUCCCUACGUAUGAGACAAGCACAGUCUCCAACACUUUACACCCAUCACAGCCUCAGUGGCCCUUGUUUGUGACUAAAAGACCUGUAGUGAAAGGGCCUGACAUAAGUAAGAAUUACCACAGCACCACCACCUCUUCAGGCAGAAAGAUCAUCACUAUCAGUGUGAAGUCCAGUAGUGCAGAUACAAUACACAUAUCAUGGAGAGUGUCACAACCUAUGACUGCCCUGCGCCUCAGCUGGCUAAAGCUGGGACACAGCCCUGCCUUUGGCUCCAUCACUGAGACCAUUGUGCAGGGGGAGAGGACGGAGUAUCUCCUCACUGCGCUGGAGCCGGACUCGUCCUAUAGAAUAUGCAUGGUUCCCAUGGAAACCAGCAACAUUUACCUGUCAGACGAGACCCCUGUUUGCAUCGAGACGGAAACUGGUUCUCACAAAUCUUACAACCCGACUACAACUUUAAACCGAGAGCAAGAAAAAGAGCCUUACAAAAAUUCCAGCCUGCCUUUGGCUGCUAUCAUCGGAGGGGCUGUGGCUCUUUUGGCAAUAAUCAUGCUGGCACUGGUGUGUUGGUAUGUGCACAGGAAUGGUUCGCUUUUUUCGAGGAACUGCACCUAUAACAAAGGUCGUCGGAGAAAGGAUGACUAUGCUGAGGCUGGCACUAAAAAGGACAACUCCAUCCUGGAAAUACGAGAGACUUCUUUUCAAAUGAUACCUAUAAACCAUCUGCCUGUGUCCAAGGAGGAGUUUGUGAUACACACAAUUUUCCCACCCAAUGGCCUGAGUUUAUACAAAAGUCCACACAGUGAAAACAACCUUAAUAACAGGAGCUACAGAGACAGUGGAAUACCAGAUUCAGACCAUUCCCAUUCAUGAUAUUGCACAUGGACAUUCAUGAUGAGUGUGUGACUUCAACAGAGUGGCAAGACUUUUACAAAACACUGGAUCUAUAAGACUAAAGAAGCAAUGUUCUGUACAUUUGCCAUAUAAUUUAUAUUUAAGGACAUUUUAUGAAGAUGGCGAACGUUCCGGUUGCAGCCCGUCACUGAACCAUCAGUGGGUAUUGUAACUAACUGCAAUUCUAUAUUUUAGGGAUUUGUAGUAAUUUGUACUGUAUUUCUUUUGCUUAAGAUUAUUGACCAACAAAAGAAACUCUGUGUUCUACUAAGAUAUGAUGACUUGUCAACUGUGAAAGUGGGUUUUCAUUGCUGUGUUGAACAAUCAGACUUUAGAAAACCUUGUAGUAUAAGCACAGGUCAUUCUUUUAACUUUGUGGCUGUCA